AUGCCGCUCCUUAACCUUCACACACUCGUCACUGCCCUUUUGCUGGCACCAUCAUUCGCUUUUCCCGCAUCUGAGUCGUCCCAGGUUCGUCGAGACGAUAAAAACGUUUGCAACGAUGGCAAUCUCGCCGCCGAAAACCCGCGUGCCGCCUUUUUCCGAAAGGUCGUUGACAGCUCCGCUUACACCAACCACAGCAGAGUCCCCACCCCAUCGGGUACACCGUUGAAGGUUGGAAUCAUCGGGGCGGGGGCAGCUGGAUUAUAUGCUGCUAUUCUGUUGGACUCACUUGGUAUCGAGUACGAUAUCCAUGAAGUUUCCGAUCGCAUUGGCGGAAGGAUCUAUACGUACCGUUUUGACCAGGACACGUGGGCCAACUCUACAUCAGCCGAUCCUGCAUACUACGACUAUUAUGACGUGGGAGCAAUGAGGUUUCCUCCAAUGCCCUACAUGGACCGCGUCAUCGGAAAUAAGUCGUGGAGUCUUAUCCCAUACAUCAAUCAGCGCGUAGCGGAGCAACACCAAGUGGUCAAGAAGCCUUACAUUUUUAAGGCUGAUAACACAUUCAGGCGAUUUAACGACAUCACCGCACAGCUUCAAGAUCCGAACUCCGCGUCUCCCAGUCGGUACAACGUUGACAUCCCGGGAGACAAUCAACCCUUUGAAGCGUCAUCUGCAUCCGAAGUCUGGGCUAACCAAGUCAAGACGUUGACCGAUGCACUUUCUGUAGACUUCACCAGCGGAUUUGACUUGUUGAUGCAGUAUGAUUCCAUGACUGCACGAGAGUUUCUGCUGGACAGAAAUUUCACCAACAGCGAGAUCGACUGGCUGGAGACGGUGAAUGACGCGACUGGUCAUUAUGACAUGUACUCAAUGUCACAAGCGGUUCUUGAGCAGUGGAUCUUCUCUAGUGCAGACAUCAACAACUGGUCUCUGAUUAAUGGGGGUAUGGACAUGUUGACGAAGGGAAUGACUCUUGUCGCCAAGAACAAGCCUAUUCUCAACAACAAGGUAACGGACAUCAGGAAGAACUCGGACGGUACCUUGAAGGUCGUCGUGAACGGUACUCAAGAGUUUGAUUACGCCCAUGUCAUAUCGACCGUUCCACUUGGCGCUCUGCAAAUCAUCAACACAACGGAGCUCGACCUGAGCUAUUCUCAAAAGAGCGCCAUUCGCACAUUGCAGUACGACCCGUCUACUAAGAUUGGCCUCAAGUUCAAGUCGAGAUGGUGGGAGAACCUGUCCACUGGCGCAUUCAAGGGAGGCCAAUCUUUCACGGACCUUCCUAUCCGCCGCUGUGUUUAUCCGUCGUAUGGGGUCGAUGUUCCAGGCGUGGAAAAUGUCGGGACAAUGAUCGCGUCGUACGUGUGGGGCCAAGACUCAUCGCGUUUGGGCUCUUAUCUCAACCCGCAUAACCCUGGGAACCAGGCUCCAUCUCAACCGGAAAGUGUCAAUACUCUGGUCGACUUUACCCUGCGUGAUCUUGCAGAGUUAAAUGGCGUUUCUCACGAGUUCAUUCUAUCCCAGUACGAGGGCUACCACGUGUAUGACUGGUAUGGCUCUGCGUACUCGAAUGGCGCAUUCGCUAUCUUCGGGCCAGGCCAGUUCAGUAGUGUGCUGCCGUGGCUGAUGAUGCCUGCUGCCAAUGGACACAUGCACUUUGCCGGUGAAGCACUCAGCUCUGGACAUGCAUGGAUUAUUGGAGCUGUCAACAGUGCUUGGAGAACAGUCUACGAAAUCCUAAGCACGGAAGGCCUGGAGGAUAAGAAGAAGGAGUUCAUCGACAAGUGGAAUAUCAUUGAUGAAGUAGAUAUGGGUUGGUACAACUGGUCCCCAGACGGGUCACCAGUCAAGUCAUGGCCUUGA